AUGGAUGAGGCGCAAGGAGAGUUUUUACUCACAAUUGCUGUCUCGCAAGUCUGGUUUUGUCCGCGCGAGGUUUCGUCCGGUCUUCGUGCCUUGCAGCAGGCGGUCCGAGGAAGCGGGAUGGAUGAUGAGGCGGCGGCGGCGGCGGCGCAACAAAGAGGCUGGCCCAAGGGUGGGAGGGAGGAACAGACGAGAGACACAGGACGGGCCAAGAAGGCAGAAAGCGCUGGGGGGGAGGCGGGCAGACGAUUGUGA